CACACCUCCCACCACCCCUCUACCCAGGUCACCAUGGCUACCGGCACUACCACGACUGCCCGUGAACAUCUCCUAGUGGUGAGGCGGCGAAGCCCGCACAUGCGCUACACGCUGAGCCCCGAAAACCUCUGCAGCCUCUCGGCGCAGAGUGCUUCUGGAAAUGGGGGAAGCUCCAGAGGAGGAGCCCCGGAGCCGAUGGGCCUGCAGAGGGCCAACAGUGACACCGACCUGGUGACGUCGGAUAGCCGUUCCUCUUUAACAGCCUCGACGUACCAGUUCACGCUCGGGCGGGGACAAAACCUGGUCAUCUCUUGGGAUAUCAAGGAGGAAGUGGAUGCCACCGACUGGAUCGGGCUGUACCAUAUUGACGAGACGUGUCCUUCCAACGUCUGGGAUUCAAAGAACCGCGGUGUAAAUGGUACUCAGAAGGGGCAGAUUGUAUGGAGGUUGGAGCCUGGGCCGUACUUCAUGGAACCUGAGACCAAAAUCUGUUUUAAAUAUUAUCAUGGCGUGAGCGGGGCACUGAGGGCUACAACCCCCUGCAUUACAGUCAAAAACCCAGGAGUCACAGUCGGGGCAGAAGGGCAGCUGGACGGUCAGUCUGUAACAGAACAUUGCAGGAAAUUGGUCAGCUUCACUUUAUCGGAUAUCAGGGCUCAGGGUUUGAAGAAAGGAAUGUUUUUUAAUCCGGACCCCUAUCUGAAGAUGAGCAUCCACCCAGGCAAGAGAAACGGCUUCCCGACAUUCACCCACCACGGCCAAGAGAGACGAACAUCCAUCAUAUCCAACACCACCAACCCGGUGUGGCACGGAGAGAAGUACACCUUUGUUGCGUUGAUGACGGACGUUCUGGAAAUUGAGGUCAAGGACAAAUUUGCCAAAAGUCGCCCGAUCAUUAAGCGCUUUUUGGGUCAGCUGACGAUCCCGGUUCAAAGACUGCUGGAGAGACAUGCGGCGGGGGAUCAGUAUGCGAGUUACACCCUUUGUCAGCGUCUGCCGACUGAACAUGUGAGCGGGCAACUUCAUUUAAGGGUGGAGAUCACAUCUAACGGACAAGAAGAUGCUAUGGGGUCCCUGCUGGGAGCGUCCUCUGUGAACGGAGACCCCGGCAGCCCAUCGGACGACGAGGACGUGUUGCAUCCCACCCCUCGCGUGAUCAGAGGCCCCUCACCCACCGGUUCCGAAGGGUCCCUGCACGGCGAUGCCUUCAGACCCGACGAGUUCUCCAUGGACCCCGAUGAAGAUCGGCUUCAACGAGACGGGAUCCCAGACCCUGGUGAAGGAGUCCCGGGUCAUACUCACAGACAAUCCUCGCUUAAUGAUUACCUGGAUGCCAUCGAGGCUCCUAAAGGCCCCGGGGACAGACCCCUGGGAGCCGCGUCCCCUAAACUACGCUCCAGUUUCCCCACCGACACCCGGCUCAAUGCCAUGCUUCAUAUAGACUCGGAUGAAGACGAGGAAGGACACGCCUCCCGGGAUGCGGCGUUGACCAACGGGGCACAAGGACCAGGACCCGCCUCCUCUGAACAGGACAAGGGGAAGGGUCCUGCGAAAGACAGGGGGAAAGUUGGGUCAGAAACGGCGAGCGGAGCCACGGAGGCGACCGCAUCGGGUUCGAGUAGCAGCGCCACGACGAGCCAAAACGGAGGGGCGGAGGGAAGUCACGACUCCACACAAACCACUGACGGCACGCAGCAGCCAGCUGCCGUAACACAGGACGGGGAUGGAUUGGGUACCAGGGAUGAUGUUGCAUCAUCCGAGGCCUCAGCUCGCGAAGUGGGCGGAGCCACUGCCGCCAAGCACUCAGAGCAGGGAGGCUCAAACGAGGCAGCCAAUGAGGGGGAGGAAGAUAGAGACGUCUGGAGGAGGCGGAACCUGCGGGCAUCGGGUAACGCAUCACAGGCCGAAGGGGUGGAAUCAAGUAAUGAAGCGAGGGCGGAGGCUGAGUCUGCACAGGUUGCCACGGCAACGGAUGCAGAGACAGGCACAAGUGCCCAAUUGAACGGCCAUCAGGCGGUGAGGUCACUUCCUUCGGUGCGUCACGACAUCAGUCGCUAUCAGAGAGUGGAUGAACCUCUCCCACCAAACUGGGAAGCUCGUAUCGACAGUCACGGCAGGAUUUUCUACGUGGAUCACGUCAACCGAACGACCACCUGGCAGCGUCCCACAGCGCCACCUGCGCCUCAGGUCCUUCAGAGAUCCAACUCUAUUCAACAGAUGGAGCAGCUUAACCGCAGGUAUCAGAGUAUUCGGAGGACAAUAACCAAUGAGAGGACAGAUGAGCAGGCUGCAGAGAUGCCUUCAGAUGAAACUGACUUGUUGCACAACUCCAUACCUGAAUACCGGCGUGAUGGUGUGGUCGGACCCACGAGUUCUCGAUCUCGUCUGUCUCUGCUGCUUCAGUCUCCCACCGCCAAGUUUCUCACCAGCCCUGAUUUCUUCACCGUACUGCAUUCCAACCCUAGUGCCUACCGCAUGUUUACAAGUAACACGUGUCUGAAGCACAUGAUCAGUAAAGUGCGACGGGACACGCAUCACUUCGAACGCUACCAGCACAACCGAGACCUGGUGGCCUUCCUCAGCAUGUUCGCCAACAAACAGCUGGAUCUGCCGCGGGGCUGGGAAAUGAAACACGAUCACGUGGGCAAGCCUUUCUUCGUGGACCAUAACUGCAGGGCCACCACCUUCAUAGACCCCCGUCUGCCGGUUCAGAGCGCUCGACCCAGCAGCCUUCUGGUCCACCGGCAGCACCUGAGCCGCCAGCGCAGCCACAGCGCAGGAGAGGUGGGUGAUGACCCUCGACAUGCAGGACCCUCUGUACUGCCACGCCCCUCCAACAACUUCACAGCCAAUCGUAACCAGUGUCAAGAUGUAGUUCCUGUUGCCUAUAAUGAUAAAAUAGUCGUGUUUUUGCGGCAGCCGAACAUUUUCGAGAUCCUGCAGGAGAGACAGCCUGAGCUCAUUCGAAAUCAUUCGCUCAGGGAGAAAGUUCAGUUCAUUCGUAAUGAAGGCGUGUCUGGUUUAGCUCGACUCUCCAGUGAUGCCGACUUAGUGAUUUUACUCAGUUUGUUUGAAGAGGAUGUGAUGUCAUAUGUUCCGCCUCAUGCCUUACUACACCCCAGCUACUGUCAAUCACCUCGAGGGUCUCCAGUCUCCUCCCCUCAGAACUCCCCAGGAACACAACGGGCCAAUGCACGAGCCCCCGCACCGUACAAAAGAGACUUCGAAGCCAAACUUCGAAAUUUCUAUCGCAAACUGGAGACCAAAGGUUACGGACAGGGACCGGGCAAAGUCAAGUUGAUAAUCCGCAGAGACCACCUACUCGAGGACGCCUUCAACCAGAUCAUGUGCUACUCACGCAAGGAUCUACAAAGAAGUAAACUUUACGUCAGCUUCGUUGGAGAGGAGGGACUGGACUACAGCGGCCCGUCGCGAGAGUUUUUCUUUCUGGUGUCGCGGGAGCUCUUUAACCCGUACUACGGUCUGUUCGAGUAUUCAGCCAAUGACACCUACACCGUUCAGAUCAGCCCCAUGUCUGCCUUCGUGGACAACCAUCACGAGUGGUUUCGGUUUAGCGGGCGUAUUCUGGGUCUGGCUCUCAUCCAUCAAUAUCUGCUGGACGCCUUUUUCACACGACCCUUCUACAAAGGUCUGCUGCGGAUUCUGUGUGAUCUGAGUGAUCUGGAGUAUCUGGAUGAAGAGUUUCAUCAGAGUUUGCAGUGGAUGAAGGAUAAUGAUAUUGAGGAUAUGCUGGACCUCACCUUCACCGUCAAUGAAGAGGUCUUUGGACAGAUCACAGAGCGCGAGCUGAAGCCCGGCGGUGCGAAUAUCCCCGUGUCUGAGAAGAAUAAGAAGGAAUACAUUGAGCGGAUGGUGAAGUGGCGUAUUGAGAGGGGCGUCGUUCAGCAGACCGACAGUCUCGUCCGAGGCUUUUAUGAGGUUGUGGAUGCACGGCUGGUGUCUGUGUUUGAUGCACGUGAGCUGGAGCUGGUGAUAGCCGGAACUGCCGAGAUCGAUCUGUCAGAUUGGAGGAACAAUACGGAGUACAGGGGAGGUUACCAUGACAACCACCUUGUGAUUCGCUGGUUCUGGGCGGCAGUGGAGCGAUUCAACAAUGAGCAGAGACUCCGACUGCUUCAAUUUGUGACAGGGACGUCCAGCAUCCCGUACGAGGGCUUCGCAUCGCUCCGGGGCAGCAACGGACCGCGUCGCUUCUGCGUAGAGAAAUGGGGGAAGAUCACUUCUCUACCCAGAGCUCACACGUGUUUCAAUCGCCUCGAUCUUCCCCCGUAUCCCUCGUUCUCCAUGCUGUAUGAGAAGAUGCUGACCGCAGUAGAGGAGACCAGCACUUUCGGCUUGGAGUGAAUGUUCACUUUUGCACUUUGGUCGGAUCGAACAUAUUCUCUUUUCUCAACCCCUUCACAAAUUACUCGAACAGACGAGUCACACUCUGAAAAACCGAGUCAAACGGGUUUGGUUGACGGAUGUACACCGGAUGUAUUUGGAUGUUACACUCGCUCUAGAUCCGUCACGCAAAGUGCAAAGUGGUGAAAAUAUGAAGAAGUUGAUAAUCCAAAGGACUAUAUUUUGACGCUCUUUUUAUCUGUACAAAAGACUUUUUUUAUGGACCAUCGAACUACAGCGCGAGCGGACGGGUUUUGUGUUGUUUUAGAUUUCGUCUGUUUCUGAUCGCUUGACUGAUCGUCGUCUUCAUUCGCCGCUUAAUUUUGCAUUGUAUGGAUUGUCACGUUUUCACGUUUGUAUAUUUGUUUGGUUUGCGCGUACACAAACACGUUUAAAAAAGGGCAUGUUACACAAAAGUGCACUCUUACUCGCACUUCAACAUGAAUGUGAUCACUAUGUGCAAAUAAUCUUAAAAACGAACAAGAAGUUAACAUCUAGGAAUGUUUCCAACUUUGGCCUUCCUGAGAAACCUCGGUUAAAGAAUUUUCUACUGGAAUGUUCACAAAGCUAUCGAAAGCCUUAGAGUCAACAUGAAAUGAUUAUUUAUAGUAUUUACUUACUUAAACAGACAUUUUUGGUGAAAUUGUGCAAAAAACAAUUCUAAAUGUGGUGUUUCAAGAAAGAACCUCCAGCAUCUUACAAACUAACAUUCAUGUCUAAAUCCUUUUUCAUUUUUGAAUAUGGAACUCCUUUUUCCCCCAAUAAGCCAAGUUUCAUUUUUUUACUUUUUUUAUUAAAUCAUAUUGUAGGAGUAAAAAAGGGUUUUAAAAAGUUUCACGUUGACUUCAAUGGUUUUAUAUCAUAACCUGAGCUUUAGUGAGACAUGAAUGUUUUCCAAAUGUUUUUUAUUCUUGAUCAUUUGUCCUGAACACAAACUUGUUUUCUUGAAUCAGUCGACGACUGUCAAUCCCAGAGAAAACCAUAUCAGUACAUUCCAGACUUUUCCAUUGGGGUUAAAUCAGUUUAGCCUUUUACGAUACACUGCCAUGGCUGCGGGACACUGGAUUGGACACUUGUUCUGAAUGUUUUGUAUUCGGGUAAAUUUUAUCGAACUUAGUAUCGCUUCCAGUAAAAACUGGCAUAGUUUAUACUGCCAUGGGGCUUUGUAAGGUCCAUCAAAUGUUAGAAAAGCAACAGAAAAAAACUUGAGCGUAUCACGUUUUGGCCGAUUCGAUUACGGUUGGAUCAUGUUGAUUAUAUUUGCAUUAAAGCUUUUACAGUGCGGUGCUGAAAUUUGUGCAGAAUGUACCAAAGUUUAGGGCUGGCAUAGACUGUCCAAAUGCAACGUAUUACGUGAAGUCAUGAACGCGCAUCGCAGAACAGAGCAAGGCGAGCAUUUGUGUUUAUAAAGUAUAUACAUUUUUAUUUUUUUAGAAAACGACUGAUCGUUUCGCUAGAUAAGUCCCUUAUUCAUUGUCUGGUAUCGUUUAAAGCCCUUUGAAGCUGCACUGAAACUGUCGUUUUGACCUUCAACCGUUUGGAGUCCAUUGAAGUCCACUAUAUGGAGAAAAAUCCUGGAAUGUUUUCAUCAAAAACCUUAAUUUCUUUUCGACUAAAGAAACAAAUACAUAAACAUCUUGGGUGACAUGGGGGUUGAGUAAAUUAUCAUGAAAAUUUAUUUUGAAAAUGAACUAAUCCUUUAAUUCUUAAAAUCUCAUAAAAAAAACUUGUGGUGUCAACUCUUAUAUAGUUGUUGUUCUUGGAGUGCACAGGCCUUAAAUAAUUUUGUUUUUAUCUUAUCGAAGAGAGAAUGUAAAUUGGAACAUGAAAGUGAGUAAAUGAUCAAAUAAUAUUGAUUUAUUCUUGAACUUUAGUACCCUGAAGGCCUGAGCCGUUACACGUCUUCUGAACAUCAGAGGUCAGGAGUGUAAACGGAUGCUAGGAAACUGGGAUCAAACGUUGUUUAUAAGUUACGCGUCAUGCUGAUGUUCAUUACUGGACAGUUUCUGCUUCUGCUCUAGUGGACCUUGUCACUUUUAUUUUCCACCAAUCACACGCUCUACCACUUGCUUGUGACUGUUGAUUGGUUAACAGCUCUCAAUGCUCAUGUUUUCACCACAGAUGAUUGUAUAAAGCUGUUUAUCUCACGGAAAAUGCCUCUCGAUUCUUUUAUUCCUUUGUUUAUAACUGAGCAACAGACAUAAAUUGAACAAUGUCUGAAGGUUUAGCAGGGGCUUUAGAGGUGUUGUAAUGUUAAUAUUGUGGUGUAUUUAAUCGUUGUUUGUGAAAGGGAAAUGUUGUGAAACAAUGUCUGGAUCAUAUUUUACUCUAAUAUCAAGCAAAAUGCAUUAAGAUUGUAUGUUUGUUUUAGGCAAAUUAACCAUGUUUUAUUAUAAUAAAUGGGUUGUAAACUGUAUAA